GAUUAAAAAUAACCCUUGUGUCGGGUUCGAUCUGUAAAACCCGAAAAACCCUAAACAAUUACUAAAACCUCCAUCAAACAAAGCCAACCCAACACCCCAAAAUCAAAACCCUAAUAAAAAUGUCUCCGAUUGUUCUUCGAUCGCGAAUAUGUUCACAUAAAUGCAGUUCAAAGAUCAUUAAUCGAAGGGCAUUUAGUUCAGGAGUGGAUUCUUCAUCUUCAAUUCCGUCUAAAGAAACGGUCAUUGCUUCACAAUCCAUUCUUUCCGAUCAAUCUCCGGUGCCUCAUCCUCCUCCGGCCCCGGAAACUUUCCCUCCAGCUUCGGGAGGGAAAAUUUGGAGCUUUCUCAAGUACGGACUCCUCGGAGCUGUCACUGGAACUGUUGGCUAUGCUGGUUAUCUCUCUUACAAGUGUUCGUACGAGGAAGUAGAUCAGAAGGCAAAGGCAUUGCGGGCUGCAGCAAGUUAUGCUCCUAGUGAAGAUUCAUCUGCUAUUGAUAAAUAUCGAGGCUUGCUUUACUCUGCUGCUAUGACAGUUCCAGCUAAAGCACUUGAAUCCUAUCUGGAUCUCAGGAGGUUGGUGGAAGAAAACGUAUUGGAAUUUACUGAACCAACCUCAGAUAAGCUUCUUCCUGAUUUGCAUCCUCAAGAACAACAUGUUUUUACGCUUGUCCUAGAUCUGAACGAGACAUUACUUUAUACAGAUUGGAAGCGAGAGAGAGGCUGGCGUACCUUCAAAAGACCUGGAGUUGAUGCCUUUUUGGAGCACUUGGCAAAGUUCUAUGAAAUUGUUGUGUACUCCGACCAGAUGAAUAUGUAUGUCGAUCCUGUUUGCGAAAGGUUGGACCCUAACCAUUGUAUACGAUAUAGGCUAUCAAGGGGUGAUACUAAAUAUCAGAAUGGCAAGCAUUAUAGAGAUCUCUCGAAGCUUAACCGGAAUCCAGCCAAGAUUUUAUACGUGAGUGCUCAUGCAUUCGAGUCUAGCCUUCAACCUGAAAAUUGUGUUCCUAUUAAGCCGUUUAAGCUCGAGGGAGAUGAUACAGCACUUUUGGAUCUUAUUCCAUUUCUCGAAUACGUAGCGCGCAAUAGUCCAGCUGAUAUCAGACAAGUAUUACAAUCUUAUGAAAGAAAAGAUCUCGCGAAAGAGUUUCUUGAGCGUUCUAAAGAAUAUCAGAGGCGAAAGCAAGAACAAAGGCAGCAGCAAGGUCGAUUCUGGUGGCGAUGAGGAGAGAGUUAUGUAUAGUUUAAUGGAAGCAAAAGACUGUGAAAGCCGGUAUUGUCCAAGUUUUUCAAGCUCCAAUUUUGCCAGUAAAAAAAAAAAAAAUUUUUUUUUAUAAAUCAUACUUUGAUGAAUUCCAUUUUUUCACUGCGCCAUUUAAAUGUUUGACAAAAUAACUAUUAUUUUUUUGCCUAGAUGUAGGCAAGCUUCUAAUAUCUUUAAAUUGUUUGAUGAAAUCAAAA